UGUUUUUUGUUUUUUUCAGAGAUAGCUCCGGUUCCCCGAAGAGGCGGCAAUUCAGCAAGACUCCGCUUCAAGAAACACAUCAAUCGAAAACUAUUAACAAUACAACGAGCGUAUCGAGCGCGUCUAUAACGAGCAUCAUCGGUGCAUCAUCAACGAGCGACGAACAACGCAACGAAGACAGGAACGGCCUUAAAGAGAAUGGUGAGAGCAGGAAGUCUUUGAGCAGUUCAACGGAUUCAUCGAUUGCUACCUUGACGAAGACUACUAGUUCUGCAACAGUGUUCGUUUAGGAGCGUAUUCGGACGACGAAAUGCCGCACCACGGAUCGAAGCACAGAAAGCGGCGGAACCGCAGGAGAACGCAGCAGAAGACGGACACGGUGGUGGAGGUGAUCGAAACGAGCGAAGAUUAUCGCGUGGAAUCUCCGAAAACGGUGCAAAAAAAGAAGGAAGUGGUGAAGAGCAAAAGUCUGGACAGCGAUGAGACGCUCAGGAUCACCGAGUUGUCCGAGUGCGAAACGGAAACGGAAGCGGAAAGCACGGCGAUCGUAGCGGAAGCGGACGAAGUUAAAACAAGUGUUGUUCCACGAGAGAUGGCGCUUCUGUCGCCCGAAGAGGAGGUGCAUUUAAGGCAGUUCAUAGUCGGUUUGGAUUUGGUGAAUUCCGCUGAGGAAGCGGCGAAAGUCGUCGAAAAUCGAAACGAAUCAUCUUCUACGACGAAAAGCAAACGCGCCAAGAAACGCGAGCAAAUCGCUCAGUACUUCCUUCCGGUUUACCAGAACCCAAGGUUUCUGGACGCCAUCAGCGAGGAGGGAAGCGAUUCGAGCGAUCGCGAAACGCUCAGAGUUCGAAUAAUCGAAGGUCCGACGAUCGAAGAAGUCGUCUGUCGCACCGAAACGGCUCAAUCGAUCGAACGACCGGAAAUCGUGCAUCUGGAUGAGGACGAAUCAUCAGCUUCCGAUUCUCAGCAGACUCCGCCUCCAACGCCAGAUGUCGACUCCUCCGGUAGUGAUUCGACCAAUCGGAGCAGCCCUGUCACGACGCUCGAGAACCCGAUGACGUCUUCGGUAGGUGACGUUGCAUCACUUCUUCAAGACCCGCAACCGCUCACCCUCAAAGACAUCUGCCUAAAGCGGAUGGUGACGUUACCGUUCGGCGACGAAGUGCUCGAAGAGUUAGCCGAAACCGCGCAUCACCUCAUCCCUGAUUCUUUUCCAGCUGCACCGAAUCCGAACGACGACGACGACUCCAGCCGAUUGCUCGACCUCAUCAGAAACACGAAGAUGCACGAGGAAACAUACACCAGCAAUUACCAAUUCGUACCAACCAAAUCUCGAAACAAACAAGAAGAAGAAGUGUUUCCACCACAGAAAGACGCCAUCUACAAAACGACAUCGAACAAAAACGAAACGUCAAGUAACUCGAACAAGAGAGAAUCGAAAGAGUUCAUCAUCAAAACUGUAUUGGAAAAUAAAGAAGCGAAUGGUAAAUUGAUUAAAUCUGAAGCUGACUUAAAGAAAGAAAGUUGCGAUUCCACCAAAACUUUAGUGGAAAAAGAUGAUUUUCAUAAAGAAAAUGUGCGUAAAUCGAAUGAGAAAUUGGUCAACUUGAAUGGCAAUUCGAAAGAAGUAAUCAUCAAAACUGUAUUGGAAAAUAAAGAAGCGAAUGGUAACUUGAUUAAAUCUGAAGCUGACUUAAAGAAAGGAAGUUGCGAAUCCAAAACUUUAGUGGAAAAAGAUGUUUUUCAUAAAGAAAAUUUGUGUAAAUCGAAUGAGAAAUUGGUCAAAAUGAAUGGCAAUUUGAAAGAAGUCAUCAUCAAAACAGUAGUGGAAAAAGAUAAAGAAAAUGCUUCGAAAAUGAAUGGUAAUUUGAAUACAAAUCAAGCAAGCAAUUUAAACAAAAGCAAAUCGCAGAGCGUCGAUGACGUUAUGAAGAAUCAACAAAAAGAAUUCCUGAUCAAAACCGUUAUGGAAAAUUCAAAACCGAAUCAACUGAGCAAUUUAAACAAAAGCAAAUCGCAGAGUUUGAACGAUCAAGGGUUGACAAACAGAGAAAGAUGCGAUUCGAAAGAGGUUAUAAUCAAAACUGUGGUGGAAAAUUCGUCGAAUUUGAACAAAAGCAAAUCGCAAAGCGUCGGAGAUGUUAAGGAAAAGUCCGGAUCGAAAGAGUUCAUCAUUAAAACCGUUUUAGAGAAACCGGAAGUCGAGCGAAGCAAUUUGAAUAAGUUUUUCUCGCAAAGCGAUUUCAACAAUCACAGUUUUGAUAAUGAUACAACUAAAUCUAAAGAAGUAAUUAUAAAAACCGUAGUUGAAAAGUCUACAGUUGAUGGGAGUAGUUCGAAUGAACUUGAGAAUUGUGUGAUGAAUAAAUCUGGAAGUAAUUUGAAAAAGUUUUUGUCUCAAAGUGAGUCGAAAAAUCAUAGUUUUGAUGAUAAUGAUACAGCUAAAUCUAAUGAAGUUAUUAUUAAAACUGUUGUUGAAAAGUCUUCGGAUGAUUCGAAAAUGAGUAAAUCUGAAAGCGUGAAGAAUCACAGAGAAAAUUUAGUGAAAACCUCUGUGGAAAAACCUAAAUUUGAGGAAAGCAAUUUGAACAAGUUUUUCUCGCAAAGCGUUGGAAGCGAUUUGAAGAAUCACAGUUUACUUGAUGAUAAGACUAAAUCUAAGGAAGUUUUUAUUAAAACUGUUGUUGAAAAGUCUUCAGAUGAUUCGAAAAUGAGUAAAUCUGAAAGCGUUACUAAUAAUGUGAAGAAUCACAAUUUAGUGAAAACCUCAGUGGAAAAACCUAAAUUUGAGGAAAGCAAGUUUUUGUCUCAAAGCGUUGGAAGCGAUUUGAAGAAUCACAGUUUACUUGAUGAUAAGACUAAAUCUAAGGAAGUUUUUAUUAAAACUAUUGUUGAGAAGUCUUCAGUCAAUGGAAGUAGUUCGAAUGUGAGCAAAUCUGAAAGCGUUAAGUCUACUACUAUGGAAAAACCUAAAUUUGAAGGAAGCAAUUUGAACAAGUUUUUCUCGCAAAGCGUUGGAAAUGAUUUGAAGAAUUACAGUUUCGGUGAUGAUAAGUCAAGUUCGAAAGAAGUUUUCAUUAAAACCGUUGUGGAGAAAUCUGAAGUGAACGGAAGUAGUUCGAAUAAAUCUGGAAGCAAUUUGAAUAAGUUUUUCUCUCAAAGCGUUGGAAGUGAUUUAAAGAAUUGCAGUUUGAAUGAUAAGAAAUCGAAUGAAUUUGUUAUUAAAACAGUGUUGGAGGAACCGAGGAAAGGUGAUAAGUCUAGGAUUGAUGAAAAUAGUUUGAAUAAAUCCGGAGUCGAAGGAAGCAAUUUGAAUAAGUUUUUCUCGAAAAGUGAUUUGAAGAAUGAAAAAAGUAAUAAUUCUAAAGAGUUUGUUAUUAAAACUGUAUUGGAGAAGGAUGCUAAACUGGAGGAAACAAGUGGUAAAAAGAUUGAGACUUUGAGUGAGGAAAGUAACUUGAAGAAGUUUAUUUGUAACACUGAGAUAUCGGAAAGUGAAAGUAGAUUGAAACAGUUCAUCUCCGAGAAUUGCAAAGAUAUAGACGCGUCUAAAUUGGAGGGUGGUAAUCUGAAGAGAUUCGUGGAGGAGUCGUCUUCAACGAGGAAGGAGGAAAUCAGUAAUCUGAAGAGAUUUGCGUCGGAGAGCGAUCUGAAGAUUAAGCCGAAGGAGUUCACCAUCCGGACGAUCUUGGAGGAGGAAGAUGAUGAGGAGGAUGGAGCCAAAAGGGCCGUUGGGAAUCUGCAGAGGUUGAUGAACGAGGCGCGUUCGAAGGCUCAGAAUCUGGGCGAGUGGCUGGAGACGGCAACAACAACAUCGAGAAGGCGAAGAUCUCUGCCGCACGAGUUCUACGUUAAGCAGAUGCAAUAUUUAAUCGAGAAGGAGAAGAAAAUCCAAGAGGAAUUGGAAUCUCUUGAGAUGGAGAAGCGCAAGUUGAACUCGGACAUGUUCACCGCGGUUCCCGUCCCAUUGAACGAAUUCGAACCGGAGGCGGCCUUGAAAAAGGGUCGACCCAAAAGUACGCCAUCUGUGGAGCCGCACGAGAAGCUCAGGCAGGAGAUGUACGACGAGUACAUGGAUAAGGUGGCGGAACGAGAGGAGCGAAAACAUCACAAGAUCAUUAAAAUAUCUUUGAACGAGCAAGACGAUAUCCUUGCGAAUGGAACAGAAGAGAAGGCAACGAACGAACUUGAGAAAGAGUUUUUGGAUAAGGCGCGGCAACGUUUGGUGAAAGGAGGUGUAUUGUUGUUGAGAGACGAUUCCGAUGAAAUUCAGCAGCAGCAGCAGAAUCACCACCGGGAAGUCCUCAUCCUCGACGGCGAUGAGAUCACCGCUUCCGACAGGAUUCCCAAGCAUCUUCGGGAACUCAUAGAUCAGGAUGGAGUUUGGUCGCCUGGGCAACAGCGGAACGAAGAGUCUAGAGCUGAAGAGCAGCAGCAGCAGCAGAGACGAACCGAAGGGGGCGAACCGAUCCCACCCGUGUGGACUCCGAGGAGCGCCGGUUCGAGUCCGACGGCCGAACGGAAGGAGUUCCGACCGGUGAACUUUGAAUCUCCGGUUUUGGGCAGGAAGACCAGGACCAAAUCGGACGGAUCGGCCACUCUGACUCAAGAAGCGGGACCAUCGUGGAAGGCCGAGCCAAAACCGGAAGCGAGAAUACCGACGAGCUUUUCCGCUCCGGGACCCGGUUUCUCAGAUUGCUCGAGACUCCCCAAAGCACAGAAUCCGACAAUCACCCUUCUGCAAAAGGCCAGAGAGGGGCAAAUACCGAAGGCUUCGUCUGCCCUCGAGCAGGAGAAGCAACAGCGCUGCGCCGCCACCAGAUCAAAUGAACCCCCCAACUUUUCGAACGAUCCAGUGCAUCAGGUUCGAAGCGGCGACUGCGUGAGCGAUUCCGACGGCGAACGACCCAAAACCAAGAUCGCGAUCAACAGCAAUCCCAGCAAGAAGUACGAGGGUAUCGGCCCAACCACCAAAGACGGGAUGCCGAUCACGUUGAGAUCGGAGGUGCGGGACACCAACAUGUCCCAAUGGUACAAAAAGAUGUACGAUACCAUCCACAAGCAGAAACCCAGCCGAUACGACGACGAUGAAUACGUUACGGUCCGCUACAAACAGCGCAGAGGACGUUAUCCUUACACGACCGGAUACCUUUCGGAGCCGGAACCAGGAGCGUACGACAGCGACGCGACCAUGUCCGACUGCAAAUACGCCACCUUGGAUCGACGACGUCCUCAGCCUCCUCCGAAUCAGGAUCACGGAAUGUCUUCCACCCUACCGAGAAACGCAUCGACAACCACCAUUAGGUACAGACCGUCGGAUGUGCAGCAUGCGAACGACGUGUACAAGAACCAGCCGGGAAGAAUCGAAAACUACCAGCCGGGAAAAUCGUCGAUUUCUGAGCACGAGGCGAAGAAGUGGUGGGACGAAGUCAUGGAUAUAUUUGAUGGGUGGUUGGACGAUCAUUCGGCUGCGCCCAGUUGCAACUACCUACUAAAUAAAGCCAUCGUGAGAAGCCAUCUGGAGCAGCAAAAAAGGAUGCCCACCACCAAAGGAUACAUGAGUCAGGCGCUGAAGGAAUCCGGAUACGAGAGCGAUUCCCCUCUAGUUUUCAGGCGUCGCGACGACACCGCCCAACUUCUUAGCGCUCUGGAACAGAGGGAAGUUUACAGGAAUAUCCAGAGGGGCGGCGAAGUCCCGAUCCACGGCCUCAGGAAGCCGGCGCCCGAGAGGCCGAAAGAGCCAGAAGUGCCACCGCCGCCUCCACCCAAAGGACAAUACGAUUUCUCGAGUCCAGAAUCUCCGCGAAAGUACGUCGAGAACGAAGUGACCAUCCACUACAGGACGCCUGUCCGGCAGGAAGUCAAGGAGGCGCUGAGCGAGGAUGAACUUGCCAAGAGGCAGGCGGACGCGAUGCGAAAGAUCUACGAGGACGAGAGGCGCCGCAAAUAUCUGCAGGAGCUGCACGACAUGAAGAGUCGUCGACACACGGACAACUUCAUCCCGUCGCAGAAGUCGCCGAUAGCGCUCAACAGGUACGACGACUUCAUGGAGGAGCUGUCGCCGAGGAUCAAGCCUAGACCGCGAUCCCCGGAACCGAGGCUGGUGGCGCGCGCUCUCUACAACUUUGUCGGACAGACGUCCAGGGAGCUCACCUUCAAGAAGGGCGACGUCAUCCACAUCCGUCGGCAGGUCGACAAGAAUUGGUACGAGGGCGAGAUCAACGCCAUGGUCGGCCUCUUCCCAGCAAACUACGUCGAAAUUGUUCCGUACGACGGAAUAAAGACGACACCUAGGAAAUCGCACGAGGGUCAAGCUAGGGCGAAAUACAACUUCAUAGCGCAGACCCACUUGGAGUUGUCCCUGGCAAAGGGCGAGCUCGUCGUGAUCACGAGACGCGUCGACGAUAACUGGUUCGAAGGCAAAAUAGGUGGACGCAAGGGCAUCUUUCCAGUGUCCUACGUGGAAGUGCUGAUAGACCCGAGCGAUCCACCGCAAGCUCCCACCAAGCCGGUGGCAUCACCUGCAGCUCACUCCAUGCUGCUGAACGGAUCGUCAGGAGGCAAAGAGUCGAUGGGUACGCACAGCUACGUGCCGACGUUCCCCACGCAGGACCUGGGGAUGAGUUACAGAGCGAAACCGGUGCAGGUAUCCGGCUACAGCUCUCUGAAGAGGAACCCGGUGGAAGAUCCUCUGCACAUCGAGACUCAUUCGGAACCGAUACCUUACCGCGCUCUGUACAAGUACAAGCCGCAAAACGAGGACGAGCUGGAGCUGCUCGAAGGAGACACAGUGUACGUCCUGGAGAAAUGCGACGACGGCUGGUACGUCGGCUCCAGCGACAGGACCGGAGCCUUCGGCACCUUCCCCGGCAACUACGUGGACCGCAUCUAGCCCAGCAUCCCCGUAUACUUGGUCUGAAGAUGCUAAAUCUGCAGACUCUCCAAAACCCAAAAAAACGCACCAUUUGCAUUGCGCAACCGGAUUCCAAUCUGAAAAACAAACAAAAACACACAACAUAGCUAACUAUGAAAGAAAUAUCAUUGCCAAUAUUUGAUACACCUAACAUAUGUAAUCUACAUAACUAUAAAUAAGCGUUGAAUCUAAGCUUGUAGUAAGUAUGAGACGCCUGAAAGAAGAGGAAAGCAAUUUACAAGUUUACAUUUAUACACACACACACACAGAUACAUACACAGACAUAUGUACACGCGCCACAAACACACAUUUGUUUUAGUUUCGUAAGCAUCUAGUCACUAGCCAAAUAAUAAUACGAAAAAUAAAAGAAGAAGAAGAAGAAAGAAAUAUAUAUGUAUAUGUACGUUAAGGUCUAUUAAGAUAGUUGGAAAUGUCCGGGUUUCGUUUUCACCACUCUGCAUCAUUCUCUUUACCUGCAGAAAACAAAAAA